AUGCAGGCUCCAAACCAGAGAUACAAGGGUAGCAGGCUGGACACAAGAGUGAAGGAUUUCAUGCAGAUGAUUCUCAGCCUGCUCGCGGCAAAGAAAACUUUCGCCCAGCAGUCGGCGAACGCUGACGACUGGACAGCAUGUUCUGACCCGUGGCGAUGCUACAUCAAGGAGGCUGGAAAACCGGGCAUUGGCCCUCCGGAAUCGAUGGGACAUGGCUGGCAGCCGGGACUAGCGUUCGACUGUGACUACACUCACCUGCUGGGCAGCAUCACGGACGAAGCAGGAUCCGGUGGGAGCGCGACGACUGGGAUGUGCUUCAAGGACUCGGCAAGUUGGGUUCACUCCUGA